AAUCUCGCCAUAUAAGUAAUAUAGCAGAACUCUGAGCUAGACUCAAAUGGAGCAAGUUGCAAUGUCCUUCGCUCGUGAUCAGGUGCUUCCAUACUUAAUGGAAUUAGCAAAUAUGAUGAGGGGCGUUCCAAAAGAUGUUGCAGACAUGAAAAAUGCACUAGAAAGGAUUCAAGCCAUCAUUCACGAUGCAGAUAGAGUGGCUGCAGCUGCAGACGACACCACACGGGAAGAAAUCAAAGCAAAGAUGAAGCUGCUAAUAGAAGCUGCUUUCCGCAUGGAAGAUGCAAUUGAUGAAUAUGUGAUCCGUGAGGAACAAGAGCCUCGUGAUCCUGGAUGUGCAGGCUUACCCUGUGAGCCUGCUGACCUCAUCAAAACCAUGAUCCGUCGUUUUCAAAUUGCAUAUAAGAUUCAGGAUGUUAAAUCACGAGUUCGUGCAAUCAAUGAGAGCAGUCAAAGUAAGAGUGCCUUCCAUGUCCAACCUUUUCUAGAACAAGGAACAAGCAGUUCUAGAGGAAACCAAAACACCACUUUGGAGAAGAUUCGAAAGGCUCCCCUUUACAUGGAUGAAGCUCAAAUUGUGGGUUUUGAAGCACCCAGAGAUGAAUUGGUUGGUUGGUUGAUAAAGGGAAGAGCAGAGCGCACUGUAAUCUCUGUGGUAGGAAUGGGAGGACUAGGAAAGACCACUCUUGCCAAGAAAGUUUUUGACAACAAAGAGGUGAUUGGACACUUCGAUUGCCAUGCAUGGAUCACAGUGUCUCAGUCCUACACUGUGGAUGGCCUGUUGAGGGACAUGAUGCAGAUGUUUAACAAAGAAGGAAAUGUGGAUCCACCUCAGAAUAUUUCUACAAUGCUAGGAAAUUUGUUGAUAGAUGAAGUGAGAAAGUACUUGAGCCAGAAGAGGUAUGUUGUUGUCUUUGAUGAUGUAUGGGCUGAAAAUUUUUGGGAUGAGAUUGAAUGUGCUACACUUGAUAAUAAAAUUGGAAGUAGGAUACUUAUCACAACUAGGUACAUGAAAGUUGCGGAGUCUUGUAAAGAAUUUUCUUAUGUUAAAAUACAUGAAUUAAAACCCCUACCUCCAAAACAGUCGUGGGAACUCUUCUGCAAGAGGGCUUUCCAAUUUGAAUCUAAUGGGAAUUGUCCAGAAGAAUUAGAGCAUAUAUCUUCUGAAAUUGUUGAAAAAUGUAAUGGUUUACCACUAGCAUUAGUGGUCAUUGCUGGCGUUUUAUCUUGCAAAGGAUCUAAAGUUGAUGAGUGGGAAGAGUUCAGAAAAAAUCUAAAUUUAGAGCUGCAGAGGAAUGAACAAUUAGGUAGUAUAACAAAGAUUUUGAGUUUCAGUUAUAACGAUUUGCCUUACCAUCUUAAAUCACCCUUUUUGUAUUUUGGAAUGUAUCCUGAAGACAGCAAAAUUAAAUCAAAAAGACUAAUUUGGCAAUGGAUUGCUGAAGGGUUUGUAAAAUCUGAGGAGGGGAAAACCUUAGAGAAGGUUGCAGAAGGAUAUUUAAAAGAGUUGAUCAGUAGAAGUUUGGUGCAAGUAUCUUCACUUACCAUUGAUGGAAAAGUUAGAGGUUGUCAAGUUCAUGACCUAACACGUGAGAUGAUCCUUAAAAAAUGUGAGGAUUUGAGAUUUUGUCAUAGUGUACAUGACCUAACUCGACGCCUAGCAAUUACAACCAGUUUCAAUGAUCUAAGAAGUAGUAGUGAAAGCUCACCCAUUCGGUCACUUUUUGUUUUCACAGAUGAAGAAUUAUCUGAAGAAUUUGUGAGGAGAAUACCCACCAAAUACAUGUUGUUGAAGGUGCUUGAUUUUGAAAAAGCUGCAUUGCCUUCUGUUCCUGAAAAUUUGGGUAAUUUAAUCCACUUGAAGUAUUUAAACCUUGGACUUACAAAGGGAGCAAGUAUUCCAAAAUCCAUUGCUAAGUUGCAGAAUUUGGAGACCUUGAUUCUAGACGGAGAGAAUGGACAUGAAAUGCCACAGGAGAUUAGCAAGCUCAGAAAGCUACGACAUCUUAGAGGCUAUGCCAUAUCUUUGAUUCAAUUGAAGCAUAGUAUUGGAGGCAUGACAUCUCUACAAACGCUAGUUUUGGUGAAAAUAAAUGAGGAUGAAGUAGAGCUGAUUAAAGAGCUAGGAAGGCUAACACAAAUGAGGAAGUUGGGGUUGGUUGGAGUUAUCAAUGAUAAUGAAAGCACUCUAUGUUCCUCAAUAAGUAAGAUGCAAUACUUGGAAACCCUACUUGUGAUAUUAAAAUGUGGGAAUGACAUGUUUAAUUUGCAGUUUAAUUCACCCCCACCUAUGCUUAGGAAGCUCUUCCUACACUCACCUUCUGUGAAUUUUCCAAAGUGGAUUCCAAAGCUUCUAAGGCUUGUGAAGUUGGCCUUUAGAGGCACCAAUUUAAUUGAGGAUCCAAUGAAAUCACUAGAAAAUUUGCCAAAUUUGUUGUCCCUUGAGCUUGAAUAUUAUGAAGGUACAAGCUUGCAUUUUCAAAAUGGGGGGUUUCAGAAACUAAAGGAUCUAACACUCUCAGCUAUGUGCAACUUGAAUUCCAUUUGUAUUGACAAAGGAGCAUUGUGUUCUCUCAAAACAUUCAAGUUAGAAGACAUCUUGUAUCUUAAGGAGGUACCCUCUGGCAUCCAAUACUUGAAGGAACUUGAAGUGUUACAUGAAUCAAAAAUGUCAGUUGAAUUUAAUCAUAACAUUGCUCCCUUUAAAGGACAAAAACACCCAGCCAUUCAGCACGUUCCUCUCGUAAAAAUUAACAGCAAUGGGAGAACCCGUGUUAUUCGACACAAAAGGAGACAGAAGGCAUAAAGCAUCAAGUGUCAAAAAUAAAAGGUUGUCAGCUUGAGCAAUGAUUAGUGACAGCUCAAGCGUGGUGUGACAAGCUAAAAUGAUGUUAUGAAUUCUAUUUGAAUGUGAGACCAAGCAUCCUAGGUUUUUGUGCCCUAAGAGCAAAACAACACUUGGAGGGUGGAGGCUACCAUCCAUGAAGCAAUAUUCAUCAUCAUCCAACUUGGAUCUUUCUUUGUUUAUGAUGUGUAGCUAAAUAUCAUUUUGUUAGGGAAUUUGAUGCAGUACUUGGAUUUUCUAAAUGUUUGAUAGUUAAUGUGAAGUAAUUUCAAUUAUUUCUUGUGUUCUUGCUCCAUUCUUCAUGCUCCAUUGAUAAAUGGAUGUUCUUUAAGUGCCUUACAAAAUUCAGAGUUGCUCAUGUUUGGAGUAGAACAAGUUAGGUUUUGUCUUUUUUGAAAAUUAAGGCAUGCUUGAUUGGGUAUUAUGAGAUGAUUAUGAUAGCUUCAUCCUCUAUUUAAGUGCCUUGUACUGCAUAUUUUAUAAUUUAUCUCUUAUUACUUUAAUAUUAAUUAAUAAGCUGAUACUUUAUAAAAUCAAGAAUUUAAAUUAAAUGCACUAUCAUCCAAUUAUCUUAAUUCAUAUCAUGUAUUUU